AAUACCUGCCUCCAGGAUGAACCCGAGUUUGAUUUCCAGGAGUUCAGAGAUGCUGUUGAUGAUUUUAUAUCUGAUGCAUCGACCUUAAUGCCACCAUCACUGGACUGCACUGACUUUGAUUUCUCACUUGGCGAGGAGGUGGCCUUUGUACCUUGCACCCCAGAGCUGGAGAGCAGCAGGCUGGUGCAGAUGCCCCCACAGCACCUGCCUUCCUCCAGUUCGUGCUGGAAGGGCGUGGCUGACCAGCACCAGAAAGCACUAGGAGAUGCUCUGGAGGCAAACAGCCAGCUGCAGGAGACCCUCACGCAAAGGCAGGAAGAGUUGGUGACACUGCAGGAGAGCAACGUGCAGCUGAAGGAGCUAGCGAGCCAGGCCAGGCAGCUGGCUGCUGUACUCGAUCCAUGUGGGAUGGAGCAGGGCAGUAAGAGACAGAGUGGAGCAGUUCGUGGCAGGGUGGUGAGGG